GUCUCUGCGUCAGCGAGGCGUACGGUUCACAGCACAGCACUUAGUGCAAAAGUAACAACAACACAGAGCCAACAGCACCAACAAUAAUAACAACAACUCAACGCAUCGGCGUUGGCGUUAAGAGUGGCGGGCAACAUUUUAUAAUAAUUUAAUUAAAGACGGAAACCGGCGUUGCAAUCACAUGCAAAAAUACAACAAAUUGUUAAUAAUAAUAAUUACAAAAAGUUGAAUGAAGAAGUCACAUACCUGGUUUUCCAUACUCAUCCAUUAUUUUUACAAGAUCCGUUGUGUGCGUGUCGUUCUCGUGUGCAGUUGUGUGCGUUAAAAAUAAAAAUAUAUUUUAAAUAAAUAAGAAAAAGUCUGACGCGUUGCCUGUGCAUGAACAGCCCGCGUGAUAUUUUUGCCUUUGGAAAAAUGAAAAUGCUUGUAUAAGAGAGAAGCAAAGAAGAAAUCAGAAGGCAGAAACUGCAAAAAAAAAAAUUCAAAGUGAUCAUAAAAAAGUUCCUUAAACAAAAAAGAAAAGAGAAAAACGGCGCAGCCAGACAGACAGGGAAGGGAAGAGAAGAGAAGAAGGCAAAUAAACUAAGAAGUCAGCGGCAGUUUAACAACUAACGUUUACCCGCCGCACAUACUAGUACAUACACACAUACGAACUAUAAUAGUUCCUUGUUCUAAGCUCAAGUCAAGUAAAGCCAGCCGCAGCCAUUGCUCAGCAAAAGGUCUAUAAAAUGAUUUCGCACAGUCCACCCAUAUUCAGUCACAGUCCACCCGUUAGUUUCCUAGCGGACUACAUGAGCGGUCAUCAGCGUCCAGCAUUGGGUUACAAUGAGGAAGCCAACAGAGCAUCACGCUAUUGCCGACCCCAAGUGAUAACACUUGCCUCAAAAGCCAUGGUCAACAAUGCCUUCAACACGGCCUCCGCAAUGCAGCAGCAACAGCAGCAGCCCUCUCCGAAAGCUGCCACUGCCAAUGUUGGAGCCACACCCCUGGGCUUUGGCUCUCGUUCGGGUCGCAGCUAUUUGGAACGCAUGAUGUCGGCGCCAAUGCUCAACAAACAGCCCAAAUCGUGCCUCAGUCGUAAAUCCUGCCUGCACCAAGGCAACAACUCCGAAAACAGCGAAUCCCAGACAGAUAGCGAUGUCACAGAUAGCAGCAGCAGCGAUGGAGAUGGUGCCGCCAGCUGCGAACAGAGUCACACACGCAAGAAGCACGUCAUCUUUGCCGAUGAUGAGGGACACUCGCUGACAGAGGUGCGAGUUAUGUCGGAGCCUUCAAAUGUGCCACCCUAUUGGAGUGUCAAGUUUUUAGAGCAGAUAACACAAGGACUGGUCAGUCCGCAUCCGGCCGAUCAAUGGACCGUCGAUUUUAAGCAACCGGCAUCCGAUUAUCUCACAUUUAGACAAAAGAUCGAACGCGACUUUGUGUCGCUAGAAAAUGUCAUUGUCAAGGACGAGGAGUCCAUAGUAGUCGGCACCGUCAAGGUCAAGAAUGUUGAUUUCGAAAAGGAGAUUAUUGUGCGUGUCACUUGGGAUGACUGGAAGAGCCAACAGGAUAUAUUUUGCACAUUUGCUCGGGCCUAUGGACUCGCAACUUGCGCACACGUUGUCUUUGACACAUUCUCCUUCAAGAUCACGCUGCCGCCCUCAUCGAAACGCCUGGAAUUUUGCAUAUGCUAUCGCACCAAGGACAAGGAAUAUUGGGACAAUAAUGAUGGCAAAAACUAUACCAUCAGCAAACGUUCGCCCUUUUACUACAACGCUCUCUCCCCCUACGAUAUGAAUAAUAGUCGAGGUCCUUGUCGACAAACGGGACGCUCCACUCUAACCGAUGCUUUGUCCAAGGAACAGGAUAAACAGAAUACCUGGAAUGCAGAGCCAUGUACACCAUAUUGGUAGAGUCUCGUGGAUGGUAUGCGAGUAUUUUUGCAAGCAAGAGCAAAGUUCUGUGUAUAGGGCGGGUGGGGCAGUUCAAUGGAAUUGAUUUCCACCAAAAUUUAUCAAACAUUUUACCCAAAUGAAAUUCAAACAUUACGAAUUGUGAUUUAGGUGCUACUGCAGAUGGGAAUCUGUGGAGCACACAGCUUCAAAUUGUACUGGAAUAUUGUUGACUCAAAAGCUUAGAUCAGCAAUUAGAAAAGAGAACAAACUUCAUUAUUUCAGAAACGUUACCUUGAACUUGUGGUUUUUAUAAGUGCAAUCAAACAGAAACUACUUGAAUAGAAAACUCAGCGAGAAAUUUUGUUUUACAAAAACCGAUUUCAUGGAAUUUUUUAGCGCAUAUCUCCUCUAUCUAUCUAUAUACUAUACAUAUAUACGUAUAAAAAUGAAAAAGUGUUGUAUGUUUGAUUGUGCCAAACGAUUUUUUUCUUCAAUUGUAUUUUAUAUUUGCCUGUGUAUGCCUGUGUGAUUGUCUAACAAAAAUUUCUGUACAUUAUGUUCUUCGAUAUUAGAUUUAUAAUACAACAACAACAACUACAACAUUAACACAGCGUGCGAUCCAAGCAAACCAUUGUUUCGAAAUUUAUUUUUUUACAAAACAAAACAAAAACCUUAAAGAAAACAAAAAUAAAAAUGCAACAAAAAAAUAUAACUACACCCGAUUAUAUCAUAUUA